GUGACCUCUGACUCCCAGGCUCUGAGCGUGUCAGUGUCAUCAGGGGGUGGAGCAGGAAGUGGUAGCGAUGAGGAGGGGUCAGGCAAGGCCCAGCCCAAGCGUCUCCACGUCUCCAACAUCCCCUUCCGCUUCAGAGACCCGGACCUCAGACAGAUGUUUGGGCAAUUUGGCAAGAUCCUGGAUGUGGAGAUUAUCUUUAAUGAGAGAGGGUCAAAGGGUUUUGGGUUYGUGACCUUUGAGAGCGCAAUGGAGGCAGACCGAGCAAGGGAAAAACUGAACGGAACRAUCGUUGAGGGGAGGAAGGUUGAAGUGAACAAUGCUACAGCCAGAAUAGUCACCAAGAAGCCCCAAACACCUCUUGUGAACGCCCCUGGAUGGAAGAUCAACCCUGUCAUGGGAGCGAUGUAUGCACCUGAACUCUACACCGUUGCCAGUUUCCCCUACCCCGUAGCUGCUCCCACCCUGGCCUAUCGGGGCUCACCACUGCGUGGGCGGGGCCGGGCUGUCUACAACACAAUUCGCUCAGCUGCUGCAGCCGGACCCACUGCCAUGCCCGCCUACCCUGGUGUGCUGUACCAAGAUGGAUUAUAUGGAGCUGAAGUCUAUGGCGGGUAUCCUGCAGCGUACAGAGUUGCCCAAUCACCAUCCGCUGCCACAGCAACAUACAGUGAUGGAUAUGGCCGAGUUUAUGCUGCUGCAACAGAUCCCUACCACCAUUCAGUGGGACCCACGGCAACAUACGGCGUCGGAACAAUGGCCAGUCUGUACAGAGGAGGAUACAACCGCUUCACGCCUUACUGAGCUGCCCAAUGGGAGCCUGGAAGCCGUUCUGUGACCCCGCCACCUCGUCCGGGAUUGGCCAGUCCCAGGACAACAACGCAGGACAGGUUAUGACAUCACUGAGCUCUGUGUCACCUCCUGUCUGACUCCCUCCACUUGGAGACGGUCAAAUCCAACCGACUGGACGUGUAAAUACUGUAGUAGCUAUUCACUAUUUAUUCUAUCAGAGAAUACAUAUAGGAUAAAGCCUGAUCUAAUGUAUAGACAGUUAUUUAAAACCUUUAUUUUACACUUAAUCUGUAUUGUUUGUGCCACUGAUUUGUUCCAGGGUUUAAGAAUGUAAAGAUUUCUGCCUCCGUACCUGGAUUAUAAGCUACUCUUUCACUAUUCUAACAGAGAGAGUUGAAUGUGAGCCAUUUUAUUUUUCAUUGGCUGGACUUCAUGGUGAAAUACUGCAACUCAAGUGG